UACUCGGCCUUUCUCUUCUUACAAGCUUUCUUGCUAGUGUCAAUCUCGUCGACUUUGAUGGUCACUUUGUCUGAAGUCUUGAACAAGCCAUCUGUGAUACCUAGAGUGCUGGCCUUGAAUCUCCCCAAAGCCGGUAACUAUUUUAUCUCUUUCUUGACAUUACAGGGAUUUUCACUUUUCGCAGGC